AUGCACGCCACCGGCCACACGGACCGCUCGGGCGGCGGCGGCGGCGGCGGCUCCUGGCGCCUCCCGCCCGACGAGACGCUCCAAGUCGCCGACCCCAAGUCUGCCAAGGAAGAGGAUCUCUACCAAGGAGAUGGGCACAACUGGAGAAGCAUCAUAUUUUCAUUGAUGGUCAUCAGUUUUGUGAUAGCCGGUAUCGUUACAGCUAUUUAUUUAUUAGGAUAUGUGGACGAGUUACUCUACUGGUCGGGGCGGCGCAUGCGGCUAGACGAGUUCCUGCGCGGAGACUUGACAGGCGAGCGGCUGCCGACCACGUGGGUCAGCUCGCACCAGCUCGUGUACCAGGCAGACGACGGCGGUCUACUAGCGCUCGAUACCUUCAACAACACGCUCUCUGUGCUCGUCACGAAUCAUACUUUAAGGCAACUGAAUGUUCGCGGAUACCAGUGCUCGCCCAACUUGCGUUACGUUCUCUUCCAACACAAUAUCAAGGAGGUUUAUCAUCGGACGUUUACAGCGCACUACACCGUUUAUGACGUCACAAAUGACCACCACAUUCCACUGUUCGGCGAGGGCCAGCGGAGCUGGGAGUGGCAGCAUGCCGCGUGGCUCGGCGCCGACGGCUCCCUGCUUCUGGCGGCGGAUAACGAGGUGCUGGCGCGCCCGGGGCCGCCCGCCAAGAGAGCCCCACUGCUCAGGCUUACAUAUGACGCAAUGCCUGGUGCCGUUUACAAUGGAGUCUCUGACUGGAUGUAUCAAGAGGAGGUGACAAAAGUAUCAUCAGCGAUGUGGGGCUCGUUCGACGGCACUCUCGUGCUGUACGUGCAGUAUGACGACAGCAUGGUCUCCGAACUCAAGUUUCCGCGUAUUUCCGAAGCCAUCGGCGGCACCGGGGCCGCCCGCUCCGGCUUCCUGCUUCCCACCCUCAACAACACAGCUCCGACCAUCUUCCCCGACCACAUCACUAUCAGAUACCCCACGCCCGGCAGCUCGAUACCGAAAGCGAAGUUAUGGAUAGUAGGCGUACAGAACUCGACGUCCCCGCCGAGGUGGGAAGUCAAACCUCCGAGCACUUUAGAUGGAAUGGAAUAUUACAUCAUAUCAGCCCAGUGGGUGGGCAAAGAGAAUGCACAUGUAGGAGUAGUGUGGAUGAACCGCGAACAGAAUCUAACCGUCUAUAGUAGUUGCUAUGCUCCUAACUGGACUUGCACUGAGUCUCAUUCUGAAAAGGCGACUGAUGAGCCGUGGUUAGAGGUUCACCAACAGCCGGUCUAUUCAGAAGAUGGGAGCGCGUUUCUUCUUCUAGCAGCAGUUCAAGAGGGCGGGGGACAGUACUACACACACAUCAAACACGUGGAUGUGUUGCGUCAACGCAUUGCAGUACUGUCCCAUGGCAAAGUUGAAGUGGCAGAAAUCCUGGCGUGGGACCAGGAAAACCAUUUAGUUUAUUAUUUAGGUUUAAACAAGGAAAGGUUAUACAUACCUAAACUGCAUCCCGAUAUGGUGAAAGAAAUAAAUCAAAGUAGCGCAGAGCGGCCGGGCCAACGACACGUGUAUGUGGUUAGAGACCCGAGCUAUGGGGGCGGUAGUAACUCCGUUCGGGCUCGGGCGGAGCGGGAAGAACCGCGGUGCCUUACUUGCGAGCUGGCGGUGUGGCCGGCCCGCCUGCACUACGCCAAUUGCUCCUUCUGGAGAGCCACGUUCUCCCCGGCGAAGCCCAGGGUGGGCAUCACGCACUAUGUGCUCGAGUGCGGAGGCCCUGGACCGCCUCUUGCUGGACUUCAUGACGCUAGGACACAUAAGCUAGAGAGAAUAUUAUAUGACACGAGGCCUUAUAGAUCGGUACGACUACGCGAGUUGGCUCUCCCGACUCGGCGGUCGUUCGACGUGCAGCUGGGCAGCGGCUCGCGCGCGCGCGUCCAGCUGAUGCUGCCGCCGUCCUGGCGCGAGGAGCUGCGCGACGCCGCCUUCCCGGUGCUAGUGCACGUAAACGGGCGUCCAGGCAGCCAGCAGGUGACCGAAGAGUUCAUGGUGGACUGGGGCUCGUACAUGUCGUCGCGCAACGACGUGGUGUACGUGAAGCUGGACGUGGCGGGCGCGCGCGGGCUGCCGCGGGCGCUGCUGCGCGGCCGCCUCGGCGGCGUCGAGGUCGCGGACCAGUUGGCUGUUAUUAGAUAUUUAUUAGAGACGUUCAAGUUUCUGGACGUGACCCGCGUGGCGGUGUGGGGCUGGGGCUACGGCGGCUACGUCACGGCCAUGCUGCUCGGCUCACAGCAGUCCACGCUCAAGUGCGGGAUAGCAGUAUCGCCGAUCACUGAUUGGCUUUAUUAUAAUGCAGCAUUCACGGAGCGCAUCCUAGGCCAGCCUUCAGUGAACUAUAAAGGCUACGUGGAAGCAGACGCGUCUCAAAGGGCGCACCAUGUGCCGCCACACGCGCUGUACCUCAUACACGGCAUGGCCGACAUGAGCGCGCCUUACCCUCACGCCUUGCAGCUGGCUCGGGCGCUGACGGACGCUGGAGUACUGUUCCGAUAUCAGGCCUACGCCGACGAAGGCCACGACCUGAAAGGCGUGAUCGAGCACGUGUACCGGUCCAUGGAGGACUACCUCCGCGAGUGCCUCUCCCUCGACCCCGAGGACACCAAGCUGCCCCCUCCCGACAGAUAGAGCAAACAAUAACCCAACUACCCCCUUGUUAUCUUGCUACACUUUGCAACCCAAACGCCUGAAUUUGUGGUAAGUCGUCUGUGUUUCAAUAUUAGGAGAGGAUCUUCCAUGUACACGUAACAAAAGCACUUCCAGCGUUACGCGUACUCGUUAAAAGAACUGUAUGUAAAUAUGUACAUGAGAUAGUGCUUUAAUAAAAUGUGUUCCCCUGGUUUAGAUCGACGCCUCGGCUCGGCGGGCGAGUGGCCAUGCGAGGUCUAUGUGACUAGAUUAAGGAUCGUAACUUAUGAUAAUAAGAAGUCCGUUCUGUUACGAAGCAUGAUAUGAUGAAUUAGCAAUAGAAGUUAAUUAGGUUCAUUUUGUAAUGAAGACAAAAUUGGGCAGCAACGGAUAUGGUGUUGUCAGAUGCUCUAAUUCAAUAUUACCAGUUAAUAGGAAAAUUACCGUUAGAAGCAUUAACGAACAGAAUAAAUAUGAUGUUAAUCAAGUAUCUAUGGGAUUAUGUACUCAAAGGGUUAUUUUGAAGUAGAACAUUGGACACCACGUCUAGACUAGUUAUUUAAAUUGAAUAUUUCCUCAUUCGAUCCAUGAAACUUCGCUUCAGCACUCUUCGGCUAAACUAUCAUACUGUGUCUUCUACUUCUAAGUCGAGCCUAGAUAGGAAAUAAAUUCUAAACGGUAUGACUCUGGUCAUCCACCAGGCAGUCGGCCUGCGUGAACGGGUAAACUUCAGUUGAUUGUGAUCAUACUAAAUUAUUCAUGAUAGAACUUCGAGCUUGUCACUUAGGCUUUUUACUGUUUUCUACUGCCACCUUUACUAUACCAAGCUUUUUUACCUUCUCUAUAGAGGUACGCACUAACAAGUGAAUUUGAUAUAGGAAUGAGUUACCCAACCUUCAAUGUAAGAAUUUAACAUCAUUGAAAAUUUUAUGAUUAUACAAUAGUAGCAUCGGAAUUGAGUUGGAUUCUAUUGUUGAUAUUAAUACAUAAUGAGGAGCUUAUCAUUUAGGGAAAUUUACUAGGCCUUUAAAACUGUAGUCGUUUUGUUCGAAAAGACAUUUGAAACGUUAAGUUUGAUAAAAUUAUAGUGCUGUUAUACCUCAUACGACAUUGUAGUUAAAAUAUCCUAAUCAUAUUAAAUGUAAAUUGAUCGAAAGAAACGCAUUUUAUAGUGACUUAUAAUGAUUAGAAAUGAAGUGACCUUGAUCAUCCCCUAACCUUAGCUGCUUUUGCUCCAUCACAUCACAUUUACUAUUCUUCCUAGGCGUAAGAGUUCACAUAAUAAUAUCCAUACAAACUAACGUUAGACAUUCAUAUCGAUCUUAUGAUACGGUUGAUUACUAUUUAAUAUUCAGACGCCAGUCAUGGGUGAAAUCAAUGCUGAAAAUAUUUAUUAAUUUCGAAAAGGACAUUAAACGAAAUAACUAAACAUCUAAUACUUGUAGUCGGUGAAUAUUGUUUCACUGUAGGACUCAAAACUGAUAUAUUUUGAGUAAUAAGCUUGUACAAAAUAGUUUUUAAUUGAGCUAGAAAAUUUGCCUUUCUGAUAGAUAUUUCAGCGAACGUAGGCAGUCACCAAGUUAGUAUGUAAACUAUUGAAAUUGGAAAAUUAAAUAUCUCGUUGGAACUUUUGAACAUAAUAAAUAUUUGACUUGUAUCAAGUCAAAGGGUGGAAAGCUACUGCGUCGAGUUGCGUGAAAAUAAUAUUAUCGAAGAAACACUAAAGCCUUAACUUAAUGAAGAUCAGAUAGGCAAGGAGCCUAAAGACGUAUUAUUGAAGUAUUAAAAUUAAAUUUUGCAUGCAUAAUCGCACAAAUCGUAUGCGAUUGGUACAGAUUAAGAUACUUAAGUAAAUACGUCUCUAGAAGCGACUGACGUUGAUGCAGUGAGGCUUGUUGGCUAGUACGGGUUACCCAUUGUUGUUGAUUUCACCGAACUGUAACUAGAUAAUUCAUUGUUGUUGUAUAGAAAUAAUCGUUUGCCGAUAUUUGUUAAGUGUUAUCGGAUACCUGCAUAGACGCAUAUCGCACAUUCCAUGUUUGUGAAGACUGCCAAUUUGGUCUAAAUUUUACAAUCAUUGUACUAAUUAAAUACCUACGAUACGUCGAUGAGAUUAAUUUCAAUUGCCGUUAUGGUCUAAGGAUGCUGUGAUUCUUCUAUUGCAUAAUUUUAACGAUAUUGGAUUAAUAAAUUAUAAUGGGAUAAUUAUUAAUAUCUCCAUCUGAAACUACGUAGGGCCUAGUCAAAUCGAAUUCGUUGUAAUUAUUAAAUUAAUUAAUAAUAAGAUUAACGUUAAUUUAGAUAUUUUGAAAUUCUUCCAUUGUAAAUGUAACAAUAUUGCUUUGUUUUCCAGGAGUUAUGAAACAAACAUAGACAAUAUAAUACGGGCUACGUGUACAUCACACAACAUAUGAGAUUUUAUAGUUAGAUAAAUAACGAGAGAGUUCGGAAACCGGGUGCUUUAAAUUUUACAUCAUGUUGUAUGUAUUGAUUUCUUUAGCGAUUGUUCUCUAGUUAUACAAGGAUAUCAUACGACUCGCUGCGGCCGGAGACCGCGCCCGGCGGCGCCUGCGCCUGCUACGCUAAAGGCAACGCAAGGCGAAGCUAGAUCUUAAAAUAAGAAUUCUUUUUAACUUAAGUGGGAUUUCUAAAUGUGAAAUUUUCAGCGGAUAACACCAAUUUAACAAAAUUUUAAAAAAUCGUGUAUAGUGUUUUUAAAAAACAAGGUAGUAUACCGGGUUGUUGUUGAAUUAGCACGACGAUGGUUCUAAUCAAUUGUUUGCACGCCGCUUCUCUCCUAUCUUUCUUCCGUAAAUUGAUAGUCCUUUAGUCUUCCAGUUAUAGCGAAAGCUUCCGUACAUCGUCUUAUUCUUGAAGCAGGAAUGUAGGAACUAUUUGUGAUGAACUAUGUCAAUUAUUUCAUAUUCCAACUCUGAUCAGCUACGUAAUGUUAAUUUAACUGUUGUCUCCUCCGAAAACUGUAAUAAAUAUAUUUAGAUUCUCGUCCUAGUUUGUCCAAAUUCAAUGGAUGUGGUAUAAAUGUGAAUCAGUAAAUGCUGUGUUCUUAGGAUCCCCUGCAAAUUAUUCUAGACUGUACUCGACCUAUCAUCAGGGUAAUAUUUUCAGACUUAUUGCGAUAUUAUUUGUCUUGGCUAAAAUUCUUCCUUACUAAUAAACUUGUCUAGAGUGAAUCUACUAGAUCUACAGUAGUAGUCAGGUUCAAUACAAAUACUAAAGCCUUUUGUUCUGAAUUUUCAAGUUUAUUUUCAUGAGUGUUAGACGUUGGUACACGUUACGUCGAGUGCAGUCUCGUGCAGAGUAGUGUCCGCCUCCGUACUGUAGAGUGCCGCGGAUGGCUCCCUUAGCGGUUAGAUUGGUGAUUCGCGCGACAACGAACACAAUAUUCUAAACAUCAACC